CUUUAAACAGCGUUCUCCCUUUCCUUCUCCCUCUCCCUCUUCGUCUUCCUCUUCAUCGCUCGCUCUCAGUCCCAUGGCGUCGACUUCCUCUACUUUUCUCCACGCCUCCCUCUGCUCCCCCCAAACCCUCUCCUCUCCCUCCUUCCCCUUCCUCUUCUCCCUUUCUCUUCCCCAAUCCCAAUCCCAAUCUCGCACCCUCCUCUUCAGACGACCCCUCCCCUCCACAUCCCCCUCGCUAUCGCCGUCCUCUUCCUCUUCAUUACGAUGGCUUCGCGUCUCCACUGUCCCCGUUGAGCAAGCUCCGGCACCUGAAUUUGACUUCGGUGAGGAGAUUGCCCACCUUGAUGCUCUCCGCUCUGGCCUCCUCGCGGCGAAGAGCCUCGCGGAGCGGCUAAACGUUCUCGAUGCCGAUUCUAGGGUUAGGAAUUUCUUUGGGCCGUCCGCGCACCCGGUCCUUGAUCGGUUGGAGGCUUCCGAGGUGUUCUUGCUUAAAUGCCUAGUCGCCGGCGGCCAGGAGCAUGUUCUUGGCGCGGAGAUGGAUUGGGGCGGCCAGCUUCAUCAGGCAGAGAGGAGCGCGUUACGGACAGCAUUCUAUGCAUUGGCGGAUAUGAUUGAAAAGUGGAGUUUGGACGGCAAUGAGAUUGGCGGUAAUGAACGUAGCAAGCGGGACAUUGGGGAUAUCGAAAUUGACCAGCUGAAGAUGCUUUUACAUACUCUGGAAGAAGUCGAGGAAUUCUAUGAUUGCAUUGGAGGAAUCAUUGGGUAUCAAGUAAUGACAUUACAGCUUCUUUCGUCCUCGAAAGUUGAUGGACAGUCUAUGAAUUCAUAUCUUCACUCUUACAAGGCUCGAGGAAGUGAGAGGGUAAAGCUUCAUGUUCCUAGAGGACUUGAUCUUCUGGAAAAUACAGAGGAUGCAUCUCAAGCAACUCUAUGGGGAAUUGAGGGUUUGCCGAAACUAGGUGAAAUCUAUCCGCUUGGUGGUGCAGGGGACCGUCUUGGUUUGGUUGACCCCAACACACGUGAAUGUCUUCCUGCUGCACUACUUCCAUUUUGUGGACGAACUCUAUUGGAAGGUUUAAUUAGAGAUCUCCAGGCUAGAGAGUUCCUUUAUUUCAAGAUCUAUGGGAAACAAUGUAUAACUCCUGUUGCAAUCAUGACAAGUUCAGUGAAGAACAAUCAUAAUCACUUAAUUGCACUCUGUGAAAAAUUCAGAUGGUUUGGGAGAAGCAAAGAAAAAUUUCGGCUUUUUGAACAGCCUCUGGUGCCAGUUUUGGCUGCUGAAGAUGGUCGCUGGUUGAUAACCAGACCACUCACACCAGUCUGCAAACCUGGUGGUCAUGGCGCAAUCUGGAAGCUUGCAAAUGACAAAUGCAUAUUCCAAUGGUUCUAUGAUCAUGGAAGAAAAGGUGCUACUGUUCGACAAGUCAGUAAUGUUGUGGCUGCGACUGACUUGACACUUUUGGCAUUGGCAGGAAUAGGUCUGCACUAUGACAAGAAAUUAGGUUUUGCUUCCUGUCAGCGAAACUUAGGAGCAACAGAAGGAGUAAAUGUGCUUGUUGAGAAACACAACCAUGACAGGACAUGGUCUUAUGGUAUUACAUGUAUUGAGUACACUGAGUUUGAGAAGUUUGGCAUUAUGGAUAGGCCUACUUCUUUUGAUAGCUUGCAGCCUCAGUUUCCAGCAAACACAAAUAUUCUUUAUGUUGAUCUGAAAUCUGCUGAAAAAGUUGGAUCUUGUCGGGGUACAAAUUGCUUGCCAGGCAUGGUAUUGAAUUUGAAAAAGCCAGUUUCAUAUGUGGAUCAUCUUGGUAUUCAGCAUAGUGCAUUUGGAGGUAGGCUAGAGUGUACGAUGCAAAAUAUUGCAGAUAACUUUCUGAAUACUUGUAACACUAGGUGCCUGGGAGACAUUGAAUCUGUUCUCGAUACAUUCAUUGUAUAUAAUGAAAGAAAAAGGGUCACUUCAUCAGCCAAAAGGAAAAGGAAACAAACAAGCAAUUCAUUGCAUCAGACCCCAGAUGGUGCGCUUUUGGAUGUCUUGCGGAAUGCUUAUGAACUUCUCUCAUCUUGUGAUAUAGAAAUCCCCAAGAUUGAGGACAACAGCAUAUACUUCAAUUCUGUGCCCCCAUUUCUUAUUUUUCUCCACCCUGCUUUAGGUCCACUUUGGGAGAUUACUAGACAAAAGUUCUAUGGUGGUUCUAUUUCUGAAGGUUCUGAGUUGCAAAUAGAGGUAGCAGAAUUUGUUUGGAGAAAUGUGCAGCUCAGUGGAAGCCUUAUUAUUGUUGCUGACAAUAUAAUGGGCUCAGCAAGGAUGAACCAAAACAAUGAACCAGUACUGCACUAUGGACAAAGAUGUGCAAGAUGUAAGCUGCAAAAUGUUAAGGUUUUAAAUAGAGGAAUCGACUGGAUGUCCUCAGAAAAUGUCUACUGGAAGCAUGAUGUUCAAAGAUUAGAGACUAUGAAAAUCAUUCUUCAUGGAAACGCAGAAUUUGAGGCAGUGGAUGUUGUCUUGCAGGGAAAUCAUGUUUUCGAGGUUCCAGAUGGUUACAAAAUGUGUAUCAUUCCAGAAAAUUCAGGUUUCAUGAUUAGGUUAGAUCCCAUUAGAGAAGAUGAGAUGGAAACUGGUAGCUGGUUCUGGAAGUAUGAGAUGAAGGGCACGCAUAUUAACUUGGAAAUGGUAGAGUUAUAGUCUCUCAGACCCUGUAACUCGGUCAUUGAUAUGCAGUUGUUUGACACAGUUCAUCUUCUCAUUGAUUCAUUAGUUCAACCUAGGUUGAACAUCUUGUAUGUAAUUUCUUCGAUAAUGUGCAUCCAUCCCAGUUUUCUCUUGAUAUUUUUUUUUCUUUUCUUCAUAUUUAUAUUUAUUCUAAUUUAAUGUAUUGAAUUUGUCACAAGUUACUAAUUGUAUAAGAUUCAACGGAUAGUUUUUUUG